UUUAUACAGCCUUGUACCGAUAAUAAAUAUUUGUUUAAUUUUGAUUUCGGAACUUUCAAGAUGAAAAUCUUGCUGCAUUUGGCCUGCAUUUUCUUACUCGUGCAAUUUGGACAUGGCGAGGGAGAUCGGGAAUUCUUCAGCAUACUUUCGGAGGGAAUCACGGACGCAGCCAAAUUAUAUUUUUCCAGAAAUGUGAAGUUGGAUGGAUCAGGUUUCAAUGUAAUAAACGAGGAAGAUUUUUACACUCCCAUUGGGUUAUUCGAGACGCAGUAUGGAAAAGAUGCGUCGACAGCAGGCUUCACCGCAGGUCUUUUAGAUUUCGAAUAUUUCGAAUCAUCGAAUUUAACUUUCUCUGACGUCACACAACUUGUUGUCGUUGGAGAAUUUCAAGACGCAAGAAAAAAGUUUUCAGCUUACAUAGAAAAGACUGUGGAAGACCGAUUAAACGAUUACGGUAUCGUUUCGGAAGAAAACAUUGAAGACGUAUCACAGAUAAUUCGUGCGGCGUUCCUCUCCCUUUACGACUUUGUUGAUAGCGAUUCAUUCGCAUCUUUCCUUAAUCUCAAGUUGGGAAGUUCUUUGUCAUUUGUUAUGGACACAACUGGAAGCAUGGCGGGUGAAAUCGAGGCAGCAAAAGAAAGAGUACAAGAAAUUAUUGACGCCACAAAAGGAACCAAUGAUGCCCCUUUGAACUACAUACUCAUGCCAUACAACGACCCAGGCUACGGUCCUCUGACCAAAACGAGCGACCCAGAAGAGUUUACAAAAGCCCUUGCACUACUUUCUGCGGGCGGUGGUGGCAAUGAACCAGAAUUAGCAAUGAUUGGGAUCUUGAAAGCUGCCCAAAGCAGUGCAUACAGGUCCAUUGUCUAUGUUUUCACGGAUGCAAGUGCUUUGGAUACAGAUAUUCAAAACCAUGUUAUUGCAUUGUGCUUGAUCAAGAAAGUAUCGGUUUACAUAUUUUUAACAACAGAUAUUGCUAGAAAAAAGAGAGAGCUUUUACGAGGAAGAGCUUUAUACGAUCAAGUUGUUGAUCAAACCGGUGGUUCGGUUCUCUUUGUUGGAAAAUCGGAAAUUACAGCAGCCACAGCUGUCAUGCAAGCAACAACUACACAAGGGCUGGUGACCUUGGAAUCAAUCAGCAAUGCAAAUGCAUCAUCAAUUUCUGUUCAUGUUGACCCGUCAGUCGAGUCUUUGCUUGUCCAGUUCAACGGUGAUUUUGAUUACAAAGGAGAGACAGGGCCUACCUUCAUCAAAACUAGUCUUGCUUCAAUUAGCGAGCUGGAAUUAUUUCGACUUGAUGGUGUUACUCCGGGAACAUACACGUUUGACUUGGAUAGAGGAACCUUCAAUUUCCUGAAUAAAUACGGAGUACUCAUUCGGGCCAAGAGUACACUCGGAUUUCAUGCUACUUUGAGUCAAAAGAAAGGAGAAAAGUUUGUUGCAAGUCGUCAACUCAAAGCACACAAAGAAACUGUGACGGACUUCUUCGUUUACGGAGAUGCAGAGAAAGUCAUUUUCCAGCGAUGUCAGCUCGUCUCAAGAUCAGGAAUUGUAUUAAUUGAUCUUCCCGUCGUAAAGAAAAGCCACACAGAAUAUGGACUUGAAGAACCAUUCGAUCUUCCCUCUGUACCAAUGUUUGUGAGAUUGGUAGGAGUUUAUGAAGAAGGACAACAACAAUGGCCAAUCGAGAGAGUGGAUCCAUGUGCUAUCACACCAACAGUUUCAAAUUCAUUACUGGGAAUUAUCCCUGAUCAAAUUGUUCAGUCUGGGGAUACUAUCACAGUCACAACAACGUUUCGCAAUAUGCAAGAAGACGACGAUAUCAUCAUUGGUUUGUCAGAUAAUCAAGAUUUUACAACUAUUAUUGGAAAUCCAAAAUUCUCAUCAACUGUGGGGUCUGAGAAAACAAUUCAAAUCCAAAUUCGAGUUUCUGCUGGCACAAAAGAAGGAAUUUUGAGUAAAGUUCUUUUAACAGCUACAGGAGUUACGUCUAACUACUACAUUUUCACUACAUUUGUUGUGAGCGUCAUCGACGGAGUAACACGGUGUCCAAUUUUAAUCAGUCCCGGCGGAGGAUCGUUGCAAUGUACAAAUGGUCGUUCAGUUGGUUCAAGAUGCGUCCUUACUUGCGGAUCGGAGUACUUACAACACGGAGCCGGAUCCGUCGAAUGCGGACUGGAUGGAUCAUGGAGUUUAAAAUCUAUUGGAAGCUGCGAACUUUUACGUUCUAAAACUUGCCGCCUGUCUGGUGAUCCACAUUAUCGAACAUUCGAUGGAAGAAGAUUUGACUUCAUGGGAACGUGUUUGUACACUCUGUUCCAAACUGUGGAGGAUGCACAAGGAAUCGAGCCAAUCACUUGUUCGACGGAGAACACUGAACAACAUGUCAGAAGAAAGGUAUCCUGGUUGAAGCAAUUUUUCGUGACCGUGUAUAACAUCACAGUUCAUUUUAAAUACGGAAAAGUUGUAUUGAUUGAUGGCAUUCGAAUCAAUUUACCUGCUUUAUUGCUCGGAGGAAAUGUUCAGAUAAAACGGGAUGGUGGAGAUGUUAUUUUGACUACUGAUUUUAAAAUGACGGUACGUUACGAUGGAAAACACAAUUUGAGGGUGAAGUUGCCAGCGAGCUAUCGAGGGAAAGUUACAGGACUUUGCGGAAACUAUGAUGACGACGUAACAAAUGAUUUCAUGUUCGGAAACAAUACCUUCACUGAUGCUGCUUUGUUUGGAAAUGCCCAUGAAAUAGUAGGAUCGCUAAAACCAGGAUGUCGACAAGGCGAGGUCGGAGAUGAUGUUGAUGGCUGUACUGAACCAGCACAGAGAGCAAUAUACGCUGAAAAAUGUGCGGCAAUAAAAACAGACUGUUUUAUGGAUUGUGCUAGCGAAGAACGUAUUCAGGAACUUUUCGAUGAAUGUGUCUACGAUAUGUGUGCGACCGGUGGAAACUCUAAGACUGUCGAAGACGCAUUGACCACUUUUGCAGAUUUUUGUGCAGAUUUGAACAUUCAAAUAUGCGAUUGGAGAGACAGGUUCAAUUAUCCGAAAAUUUGCGAGAAAAACUCUCAAUACAAAUCACAUGCAAACAGAUGUCCGAAUACAUGCGUUGAUCCAAAUGCAGAAUCAAGAUGCGUUAGAAAACCGAAAACAGAAGCCUGUGUAUGUAACAAAGGAUUUGUGAGGGAUGGAAACGACUGUGUUCGACUUUCCCAAUGUGGUUGCUCAGCAAAUGGACGAUACUACAAGAAAGGAGAAAAUUUCUUAACAUCUAACUGUCUUCAACGUUGCGAAUGUACUAAUGGAAAACUGACAUGUAAAGCGACAUCUUGUGAGGAAGAUAGAGAAUGCAGGGUUCUGCCUUCCGGAAAAUAUGGAUGCCAACUGAAACAGGUCGACGUAUGUUAUGCCACUGGUGAUCCUCAUUACCAAACGCUAGAUGGCAGCAAAUUCGAUUUUAUGGGGGUAUGCUCCUAUAUCAUGGUCUCAACAGAUGGCAUGGGCAUCACUGAUCCCAACAGAGGAAUUGUCAUCGUGGCACAAAACGAAAAUCGCAAUGGUAAUACACGUGUAUCAUACAUCAAACUCGUGACCAUCAAAAUUUUGGAUUUCGAAAUACAACUCGGACCAGGAAAAACUCUCACGAUAAAACGAAACGGAACACGGAUCGAGCUACCAGCAACACAAAAGUUUACAAAUGAUAAUGAAUUGUUCGAGACUAAAAUAUUGGGGAGAAAAGCAAGAUUUUCAACUAAAUUUGGUGUUGAAGUCAAGUUUGACGGAACAAAUUUGUACAUCAAUGUACCGAGUUACUAUAUGCACAAGGUUGGCGGAUUGUGCGGAAAUUAUACCGGGGUCAAAGAUGACGAUUUUGGCGGAAGAACCCUCAUGAAUUUCACAAAGAAUUAUUUGUAUUCUGACGGAUGCGGUGAAGAUCCCGACAGAGAAGAAUUAGUUUGUACCGAUGCUGAUAAAGCUAAAUGGGGAGGAGCAGAAUUUUGUGGAAAGUUGAAGAAUCCCGAUAGUCCUCUAAAAUACUGCUAUGAUAUUGUUGACGUUCAACCAUACUUUGACGAUUGUGUAUUUGACGCCUGUGCAUAUGAAGGGGAUGUAGAUGUAAUACAAAAUGCAAUCUCUGUGUACAAACAAGCUUGCGAAGACAAGAACGUUGAUCUGUCUUGCAGAUGGGAAGAAGAGAUAGGAUUUACAUUACCAGCCUGCCCAGAUAACAGUAGAUACGAUGCAUGUGCAUCUGUUUGUGUGAAUACUUGUCAAGAUCCAGAAGCUUCGACAGGGUGUUUAUCGGUAGAAACAGUUGCACGGUGCGUGUGUGAACUGGGAUAUGUUUUAAACAACGGUGAAUGCGUCGAAGACUCUGUUUGUGGAUGUACCUUCGAAGUUGAUGGCUACGUCGAGCAAGGUGCAUUUUAUAUGGCACCAGGAUGUGCGUACUCUGAUAGGUGUGUUGGUGCUGGGUCUGCUAUACGAGAGGAAGAUCCAUGUGGCAAGGAAGCAACCUGCAAGCUGUCGAAUUCUGGAGAAUAUCAAUGCAUUCCCGAUGAAUUUGCAUAUGCUCUUGUUUACGGAAAAAUACACUUCAAGACAUUUGACAACAAGUUCUUCGAUUUCCAAGGCGACUGUGGAUAUUUAUUGGCAGGAUAUGGCCGACCCGAUUCUGACGAAAAAGAUUCCCUCGCUUUUGCGGUUUAUAUCCUUAACGGUGGAUGGGAAUACAACGAAGGAAUAUCUCUCGUAGUAAAAGUAUGGAAAGGCGACAAGAAAAACGUAAUAAAAGUUUCACCCAAGAAAAUUGUCAUGGUCGAUGAUGUCCGUGUUGCCGCUGGAUCUCAAGUUGGACAAGUUUCUGUUGGAAGGAAAUUAGGAAAGGUUGUUCUCAGCUUCGAAUUCGGACUCCAUGUUUUAUUCAAUGGAUACGACUGGGUUCGCGUUGACGUUGACCACAAGUACAAGGAGAAAAUGUACGGUUUAGGUGGAAAUUAUAAUGAUCAACCUAGUGAUGAUAUGCUUGUAGGAGGUGAUAUGAUGUUUAUGCCCAGACAAUGGGGUGAUCAUUGGAGAAUGGCCGAAUUUAGCUGUAGCAGAUGCAAUAAAGAUACUGAAGAAAUUGAUCGAACCUGCGCCCUGAAAGCUAGAUAUGAGAGAUCUUGCGACUGUGGUGUGCUUACUGAUACUGAUGGUCCGUUCGCUGCCUGUCAUGAAAAGAUGGAUGCUCAACCAUUCUUCAAGAGUUGUGUGCUGAGUGCUUGUAGAAACCAGGGAUCGUCGUUGGCUAUUGCAAUGAUUAUGAAAGCUUACUACUUUGCUUGUCUCGGAAAAGGAGUAAAGAUUGAAAAAUGGAGAGAGGCUGUUUCUAUACCGAUGGAAUGUCCUGAGAACAGUCAUUAUGUAGAAUGUGCAAGCCAGUGCCAACCUCGUUGCGGAGAAAAAGAUCCAGAUUGCCGAACCUCAACCUGUGCAGAAAGUUGUGUAUGUGACGAUGGCUAUAUUCUCAGCAAUGGAAAAUGCGUUGAUGAAGAUAAGUGUGGUUGCAUGGAAGACGAUUACUAUUUCGAGCAUGGAGACUCUAGAACCGAUUCUGAGUGUACAAGCCGUUGUACUUGUAUUUAUGGAGAUUGGGAUUGUGAAGACAUCAAAUGCAACGACGACCAAAUGUGCGAAUUGUUCAAUGGAGCUCAUGACUGCUACUGGAAAGACAAAUGCAAGUACGACAACGGUGGGUGUGAAGAUUCCUGCGAAUCGAUUGACAACGUUGCUUAUUGUACUUGCUACCCUGGACGCAUUUUAACUUGGGAUAACAGAACAUGCGUCGGUAUUUCACCAAGUUUCUUUGGAGAAGGCAUGAACAAAUGUGACACUGAAUUUAACGUUUGGAGACAGGAAUUUUACAACUGGAAGAACACAUAUUUGUCGGCAUGGGUGGAAGAACUGGAAGCCUACAAAGAAUAUGUUAAAUCGGGAAUCGUUUCAGAUGCUAUGAAUCUUUGCCGAUAUUCGUGGACAAAAUGGUAUGACAUUGACGAUCCAGAAGGGCAGGGAGAUGAAGAGAAAUUAGAAUAUCUGAAGCGAGAAUAUCCUGAAAUUUGUGACAAACCCAUUGCUGGAGAAGGAAGAAUGGCCAACGAAAAGAGCAUCGGAACCGCAAUAGCUAACUUUUCAGUGGAUCAUACGGGAUUGAUCUGUAAAAAUGCUGAUCAAGAAAAAGGAAAGAAAUGUCCUGAUUUCGCAGUCAGAUUCCUAUGUCCGGUUAAAGAAGAUAAUGAAGCUCCAAGAUGCGGUUGAAGAACUUCAUAGCUAUCGUACUUCUUUUUCAUAAAAAUAGCUUCUUAUUCAUUGCUACAUUUAAUUGUGAUGAGUCUCUGUAGAACUUAAAAUCAUAUGCUCAAACACUAAUUUUUGGAAAAUGUAUAUCUUUAGCAUUGUGGUAUACCUUAAUCGUAUUUAUAUAAGAAUAAGCUUCAAUUUUUAAGUCUCCAUUAACAUUACUAAUUAUUUAGUGCUCGCCAAGGUCAUCUUUGAAAAUUUUGCUUCUCAAUUUUGUAUAUUUAGUGAGUGUAAAUGUGUUUAACAAUGUCAAAUACUCGUAGAUGAUAACGAUAAUGGAAACAACUCAAUUUCCUCAUAUUCUGAUCGUUAAAAUACCUCGCAUCAAUGUCGGGUUUAUUUCUCCAAUAAACCCGAAAAUUGCAUUUUUCAAAGAAAAAACACCUUUAAAUUGAGAUGAAAUAUUUUUCAUUUUCUCAACUUAUUCCUCGUCUUGAUAAGCAGAAUUUGUUUAAAUAUUCGUUUUAUGAAAUAUGCACUUUAUACCCACCAUGUAGUUCGGAUUUUUAAAUAAAUAAAUCUGUAGUGCCUUUAUAUACAAUAUUUUGUAUUAAAUUUUGUCUAGCUGGGUCUAGGUCGUCAUCAGUUAUGUUUUCAGAAGCUAUAAAUCUACCAGGAGCCUAUAUUUUAAUAUAGGAAUGAAUACAUGCAAAAUGCCUAAUCAGUACUAGAGUUAUUCACGUUGCACGAAUGAGUUGAAAAUUAAAAUAACUUGGAGAAAAUUUUUGUUUCACAAUAACUUAUGUCGUUAUAUUUGA